GCGGCCGCAGCCCCGGCCCCGUGAGGAGGCGUCAGGAGCGGGAGCUCAGCUCGCGCCCGGUCCCGGCUCCGUAUAAAUGGGGGUCGUCGGCGGCGGCGUGUCAGCAGCGCUCGGCCCAGCCGCAGCCGGAGCCGGAGCGCGAAGCCGGGCGGGGGCCGGCCCGCAGCGGAGUGCGGCUCGACGGCGGCGCGGGCAGGGAAGAGGCACCGGCACGAUGGGCGGCGGCGGCCCCCGGCGGCCCGGCGCGCUGCCGCUGCUGGCUCUGCUGGCUCUGCUGGCUGCGCAGGGCGGAGCGGCCCCGCUGCAGCCCGGCGGCUCCCCCGCGCUCACCAAGAUCUACCCCCGCGGCAGCCACUGGGCUGUGGGACACUUAAUGGGGAAAAAGAGCACUGGGGAUUUUCCUUAUGCUUAUGAAGAAGAAAACAAGAUCCCAUUUUCAGCCUCACCUGAAAAUAUUAAGCAGCUGGAUGACUAUCUGCAGCGGGAAGAAAUGUCCAAACAUCUGCUACAGCUGCUGGAAGGGAAUGAAAAUAAAAGUGCUCACUUCUCAAAAGGAGGGCUUCCCUGGCACACCAGGAACUCCUGGGAGACAGAUGACAGCAGCAGCUGGAAAGAUAUGAUGGAGAAUCUGCUUCAAGCUGUGAACAUGAAGGAGAGCACUCCGAGCUGAAAGAAAGUCUCUAAACCCGAAGAACUGGAACACUUUCCAUAAGAGACUAUGUUUCACAAGCACUUGAUUGUAAUCAGCUAAUCAGCAAGGUUUCUUUUCUGUAAACAAGAUUUCCGUUGUGUAAGAUACCUAAAUACACGUAUUCUCGUAUGU